AGCGGUGCAUGUCCUGAGUUGUCAUUUUGACCAAUCACAGGGGCAGAUCUUGGACAUACAUUGGGUAUUUAAGACAACCCAAAACCAUUUUUUUUCUUCAGACUCUCCUUCUCUCUCGCUUAGAGCCAAAAACAAUAACUAGCAAGAUUUUCAGCAGAUUGUAGAUUGAUAAAAGAGGAAAAAUGGUGAAGAUUUGUUGCAUUGGUGCUGGAUAUGUUGGGGGGCCAACAAUGGCAGUGAUUGCAUAUAAGUGUGCCUCCGUUGAAGUGGCUGUUGUCGAUAUCUCUGUGUCUAGGAUCGCAGCCUGGAACAGUGACCAGCUUCCCAUCUAUGAGCCUGGCCUUGAUGAUGUGGUCAAGCAGUGCCGUGGCAAGAACCUCUUCUUCAGCACUGAUGUUGAGAAACAUGUCAAAGAGGCCGAUAUAGUCUUUGUCUCUGUCAACACACCAACCAAGACACGGGGUCUUGGAGCAGGCAAAGCCGCAGAUCUGACAUACUGGGAGAGUGCUGCCCGUAUGAUUGCUGAUGUUUCGAAAUCUGACAAGAUCGUUGUUGAGAAAUCCACUGUCCCAGUCAAAACUGCUGAAGCUAUUGAAAAGAUUCUGACCCACAACAGCAAGGGAAUCAAAUUCCAGAUCCUAUCAAACCCGGAAUUCCUUGCAGAGGGAACUGCUAUCCAAGAUUUGUUUCACCCUGACCGUGUCCUCAUUGGAGGCAGGGAAACUCCAGAGGGCGCAAAAGCCAUCCAAACAUUGAAGGAUGUUUAUGCUCAGUGGGUCCCCGAAGACCGUAUUUUAACCACCAAUCUCUGGUCUGCUGAGCUCUCCAAGCUUGCUGCCAAUGCCUUCUUGGCCCAGAGAAUCUCCUCUGUUAAUGCCAUGUCAGCCCUUUGCGAGGCUACUGGUGCCAAUAUUUCAGAGGUGUCAUAUGCAGUUGGCAAGGACACCAGGAUUGGACCCAAGUUCCUCAACGCCAGUGUUGGUUUUGGUGGAUCCUGCUUCCAGAAGGAUAUAUUGAAUCUUGUGUACAUCUGUGAAUGCAAUGGCCUUCCAGAGGUUGCAGAAUACUGGAAACAGGUCAUCAAGAUCAAUGAUUACCAGAAGAACCGGUUUGUGAACCGCGUUGUUUCCUCCAUGUUUAACACCGUUUCAAACAAGAAGGUGGCCAUUCUGGGAUUCGCCUUCAAGAAAGAUACCGGUGACACAAGGGAAACCCCAGCCAUUGAUGUUUGCAAGGGUCUAUUGGGUGACAAGGCCAGGGUGAGCAUCUAUGAUCCCCAAGUGACCGAGGACCAGAUCCAGAGGGACCUCACAAUGAACAAAUUCGACUGGGACCAUCCUCUUCACCUGCAGCCAAUGAGCCCCACCACCGUGAAACAAGUCAGUGUGGUUUGGGAUGCCUACAAGGCCACAAAGGAUGCUCACGCUGUUUGCAUCCUUACUGAGUGGGAUGAGUUCAAAACUCUUGAUUACCAGAGGAUAUAUGACAACAUGCAGAAACCCGCUUUCGUAUUUGAUGGCAGGAACGUCGUUGAUGGGGACAAGCUGCGUGAGAUUGGCUUCAUUGUAUAUUCCAUUGGUAAGCCCUUGGAUGCAUGGCUCAAGGACAUGCCUGCUGUGGCAUAGAGAAAGAAACACUGUUCGGUUCAAGUGGGGCCUUCGGCUUCAGACACAUUCAAUACCACCUUUGAGAGGCAGCCAAUUGGAUUCUUUAAUAUUUUUUUUGUUACCUUUUCCUAAUUUCCGUUUUUGUCCUUCUUACUUUACUUGCCAACAUUUGUCAGGAUGAUAGUGAUUCAAGUUUGGUGAAAGUAAGAAGCUCUCUCUGUUUUGCCUUUGCAUUAAAUUCGAAGUUGUUGUUACUGUCCGUUACUUUGUUAGAAGACAUGAUAUCAUAAUUUGUUGUUUCAAUCUUCAAUCAUAAUUACAAUGAUUACAUUCUCGAAA